UUCAGCCAGUUCGCAGCAGACGCCCCGCGCCGUCGUCAUUGCGUGUCGUAUCGCGUUGCUGCUGCCGCGCCGCACAGCGCCGUGUUGAUAAUUUGUGAAGUAGACAAGGAUGUAUGUAUAUGUAUGUCUCGUCUUUCAGUUGACUUUCAUCGUCGUUUUGUAGCGAACGUUUCGCACGGGUAUCGAUAGGAAAUUACAAUUAUACAACACUUUAUUAGCUGCGUAAUGAAGUGGUUGUAAGUUUUAAUUAUUUAAUAUUACAAAUCUACAUUCAGUGACAUUAAAUAACUAAAAACUACUAAAAUUGCGUUCAAUCAGAAAUCUGCUCGGAUCACAGCGUCGCGGCAAGCGUGGCGCAAUGCAGUGUGUGUUUGGAUGCAGAUAUAAAUUGUGUAUCAAGUUUAUUUAUGGAGGUUUUCGUUGUGAUAACUGUUGUAGUGUAAGUUUUUGGAGAUAAACCAUGUUGCCCAUGGUGCAGGCGGAACCUGUGCUCUUCAACUGCGCGGGUCACUCUGCCGAUGGAGCCUCCCCGACGGCCACUCUACCUCCCUCGCUUACACCGGAUUCUGAGGUUGAGGGACUCGCAGAUUUUUUUUAUGAUAUAGAUGUGGCUGUCGUUAAUACGUUUUCAAGAAUUGAGUCCUGUGACCUCCAACUGGGAGACACAUGGAGGGGGAUGCAGGGCAAGAUGAGCGUGACCACGCCGGGUAAGAAGAUAAGAAAAAAGUCAUCAGACAAUAAGUCACAAUCUCAACAAAAUAAGUGUGACAACGAGAAGCGACGUCGAGAGUUGGAAAACGAAGUAAUAAAUCAACUAGAGGAACUUCUGGGGACUUGUCUUGCUGAAGUAAAGCAACCAGACAAAAACGGCAUCGUCCAGAAAGCAACUAGGCAGAUUGAGGACGUAUUGCAGCGGCGCCGGAACUGCCCUGGAGACUGCCCCCAGCGUAUCGUUCAGAGCUUGUCACCUGUACAAGCUGGUGAAGUUAGUUCCACCCAGCAACAACCGCUCCCUAGUGGUUUUCAGUAUUCCGAGCUGAGCACUCUAAUCGAGGCGAUAAAGCAUUAUACCGGAGUCCUGGGUUUAAUAUUAAUGGAAAUUAACUCGAAAGGCGAAAUUGAGUGUGUGACUGAAAAUAUAAAAGACCUCGUUCUUGCGGAAAGGACCGAGUUAUAUAAGAAAUCAAUAUUCUCGCUUUUGCAUGCUGACGAUCAUGCAAAACUAAAACCAUUGCUGAGAAAUAUCCAAAACUUUUCCUGGGGAUCGGGCGAUUCUGAUAAAUUCCAAUAUAUCCAUGCCCGCCUGCUUUUAAAAGAUUCAAAUGUUGCCGAUGGUUCCAGGUUUGUGGAUACUGUGAUCCACGCUGCGCCAGUACGCAGCUCGUCCACGGAGGAGGCCGGCUCCGUCAUGUGCGUCAUUCGGCGCUGUGAGUCGGCCGCUAUCUCCAACGACGGCGGACCCACCAUCGUUUUCAGAUUGGAUUGUAACUUUAAUAUCUUAUCUUGUGAUUUGUCUGGAGUGGAAAACUGUAUAAAUUCUCCUAUUUCUCUUGUGGGAGUUCGUUACUUAGAUCUCGUAGAAAGUAGUGAUCGUGCACGCGUAUCGACACAUCUUCAGGAAGUAGUAGGUCGGGCCGGAUUGCUCGUGGUGAGCGAACCCUACCGAUUACGUAUCGGGACCGACGGUCCUCGUAUCCGAGUAAGCGCACAGGCUAGACUCUUUCCGACAGUCGGCGAGCCAGACUUCAUAAUGUCUACGAAUACCGUACUCGGCGAUGAGGACGUGGAUAUUCACGACGCGGGAACGUCCCGCCCAUCGCUCGGUGGUCCUCUCAUGACUUCAGUCGCCAAUGGUGAGACAUCAUCCUCAGAGCCGCGCUAUCGCUCCCCUAUGAGCCCCGGUGAACAUCAAUUCACCAUCAACGACUUUGACCUCGAAACUUGGCCAUCAUCUUUCCCGAUGGGAGAAAUGUCAGGUGAGGAAGCAAAAGAACGGAAAGAAAGCGGCGAAAACAAUCCCGCUGCGCAUGCGUCGCCAGUCGAAGCGCCACCACCAGCGGCCGUUCACGAGGAACCAAAUCGCCUUCGUAUUUUGCUUAGCAAGAAGAGCGUACUCAAAGAUUUACUAAAUCAAGAAGACGACGAGGCGACGAGCAGCGAGACCUCGGCCCCGCACACCCCGCACACGCCGCACACGCCGCAUACGCCGCACACGCCGCACACCCCGCACACGCCGCACACGCCGCUCACGCCGGCCUCGGCCUUGUCGCCGCUGCACUCGGCGCAGGCGCACGCACGACCCCCGCCGCACAUGGGCCAACAUCAGCCGCCGCCUCAUAACACCCACCAGUCAACACAUCAUAACAAUCAACUACGCAAAAUUUUAAAUGACAAGUCUGACGAGGACGGAGAGGAAGGCAGAAGAAAUUCAACGGACAGUUCGCGUGGAUCUUCGCAGUCCAGCGCCUUGCUCUCGCAGCUGCUUUCAAACAAUAAUGGUCCGUCGAGCAACGGACGUUCUCAGGAAAGCGAUAUGUACAUGGACCGAAUAGCCGGCAUGAAGCGAAAGUUUGAAGAGUCCAAAGCCUCUACGAGCACCGCUAAGAGAGCUACGCCUGAAAAUCAACAGGUGUCGUCGAGUGCCACAGGAGCAGGCGGCGGGUCCGGAGCGCCGACAUCCACGGCGUCGUCGAGCGCCAACAGUCCGGCAACCAGCAGUGGCCCCGGCAUGAGCCCGCUCUGUCAGAAGAACCAAAUCCUCGUGUCGCUGUUGGCGCGGCAGCAGACCACCCCGCCUACGCCGCUGCCGCUGCCGAACCCCAUCCUGCGGCCCUACCCGGCGCAGGCGCGCGCGCCGCCCACGCUCGGCCACGCGCACCAGCACCAGCACCCCCUCCACAUGGCGCAGGCUCGCCACCCACAUCACACUAUUUCCAAUAUUCUCACCGCUAACAUUCGUGGAAACAAUGUGAACGGAGGCGCAGGCCCGGUGUCGUCGGCAUCGAGUGUGGAUUGCUCCAACAUGCAGGGCAUUCAGACGUCGCAGGGCGGCCCCGUGGGGCAGGCGGGGCAGAGCCACCUGCAGAUGGUGCUGCAGGGCGGCGCUCGCGCCGGAUACCAGCCUGCCCCGCCUCAUUACCCCUAUAACAACCAGGCGCAGAGCGGAGGUAUGAGAUCGCAGAGCGGAACGAGUGGGGACAGCGAGGUACCAAAUGAUAAGACACUGUCGGAUAUUUUGGACGAGGUGAUAGAAAAUAUGCCAUAUAACGAUCGUUCCGCACCUGACGUCAACGUUCUCAUGGAUAUGGAGAGUAACCGACAAUUACGCUCGGAUUAUGCUGGCGUUAAAGAAAAAAAUGACGUUAUAAAUGCUAUAACGCAAAGUCUUAUGCAAUUCGAAACUGCGACAAAGAGUCCGGUCUCAUCGAGCCCGAGCGUCCAAGCGUCGGCUUAUCCCGCUCAGAGUCAAGGCUCGUGCACGAUGAGCGGCGGCGCGGGCGCGCUGUACGGGCUGGUGGCGCGCAGCGACGCCGACAGCGCGCGCGCGCGCGCCGUGGUGGAGCAGCAGCGCACGCGCCUGCUGCAGAUGCAGCGCUCGCAGCAGAUGCUCGUCUCCCCCGAGGCUGCAGAGCAGCCCCAAGCCGAUCUCGGUUCUACAAUUAAUGCUUUAGUUUCCGCGACGCCGCCUAACGUAGCUCUAAAGCGCACAGACUUCCAUAAUUUAUAUCAUCAUACGAAUCAAAUGGGGCCGAACUACGGCGCGAACAAAAUGCCCUCGUCGCAACAGAAUCCAAUGCUAAGUCGACAACUCGGCGCGGGCGGCGCGGGCGGCGCGGGCGGCGCGGGCGCGUACGCGGCGGCGCUGCACACGCCCGUGGCGCCGCAGCCCUACCUGCGCGCGCCGCGCCCGCACCACGUGGGCGGCUACUAUGAGGAGAGCGAUGUGGGCGUCCGAGCCCUGUGCGGCGAGUUCGCGCGGCGAAUGGCGCAGGGCGCGCACCCCGCGCACCCGCCGCACCCGCCGCACCCGCCGCACCCGCCGCACCCGCCGCACCCGCCGCACACGCCGCAUGCCUCGCCUCACGAUCAUCCGCUCUCGUGCGUGGGUGGCGUGGGCGGCGUGAGCGGAGGAGGCGGCGUAGGCGGCGUGGGCGGCGUGGGCGGCGUGGGCGGCGCGGGCGGCGCGGCGGGCGGCGGCACGUCGGAGUACGUGCGCAACGAGCUGCGCGCCGUGGUGGGCGCGCGCUCGGCCCGCCCCGACCUGCACGCGCUGCACGCGCCCGAGCUCGACCCGCUGCUCACGUUCGACAUGCCCGCUCCUGGUGGCGGUGGUGUGGUGGGGGGUCGAGCGUCAUCGGCGUCGGCAAACUCGUGGGAGUCGCAACAGAGCAUACCGAGUACUACGGAGGGCUCGGCGGAGGCGGCGGCGGGCGGUGAUGAGGCGCAGACGGGCUCGGCUAAGGCGUCGCUGCUGCAGAAGCUGCUGUCCCAGUGACGCGCGGGCGCUCGUCGGGCCUCUGCCCACUUUGCAUUUAUACUUCGCGACGCCUAGACUGCGAGCUCUCGCGCCGAGCGGGGAGCGUCUCCGUGUGGAUAGUAUAUAGUCUAGUAGUGCUAGUGAUAUUUUCGAGUAAUGGAGAUCGACGGUCGAUCGUAUGUAUCCUUAAGUUCUAUGAGAACUCCGUUUAUUGUAAGUCAUAGAUUUAUGUGUCUAUGUAUAGUUGUUGAUGAGGUUCGACGAAGAAUACGACGGUAGCUUCCCGUUGAGGAGUAAAAUUUUGUGAUUCGCAAUAUGAUUGACUCGUACGCCUAGUUUACAUUCAUUAAUAUACAAUAGUGACAUACCGCGUGCAAUAUUGUAUAGAAAUAUUAAACACAUUUUUUUGGCGUUGUGAACGUUAUGUAUUAUAGUGUGAAAGUCAGAUGUUACCUGUUAUGACAAAGUUAAGUUGUACUGUAGUAUUCGAAGAAGCGUAUGAGAUUUGCUCGUGUUCUAUACUCGCCGGAAGCCGAACGAUGCGUGUCUGCAGAGGGCAGAGGUUUACUUGACGUAACGUUGAACAAAAGUCACUUUCGGGGAGUAUAGAAAUGAGUAAACAUGGGUGUAAAUAACGUGUUGUUAAAUUAUAGCAAUUGCUUUAGUGUAAAUAUUUUGUUAAUCUACCUUUGUGUUUCUGAUAUGGUAUCAUAAUUUUCUUUUAAUAUUAAUAAUCAUUUAUUGAUUUAUUAAAGUUGUUUAUACUAUACUUUAAUUAUACAAAACAUUUGUUA